GAGAGGGAUUAAAGCCCACCCUACUGUGUUGGGUGGGAGUAAGGGGAGAAGAAGGGAAGAUGGCACUGCUGGAAGGUGGGAAAAUAGUGAGCCCCUUUCCAAGCAUUGUGAAGGGGUAGCCUGUUAAUUGUCUCAUGAGCUGAAUCUAUCAUUGAUGGGCAGCAUUAUCAUUGGCUCGGCAUGUGUUCUUUGUCUGCCACAGGAAUAUGCUUUGUGCAGUUAAAGCAGGUCCUGUAUAUUGUGUGUGUGUGUGUGUCUUUUUCUUUUCCCCUUCUGUUGCAGAGAGCCAACUGUUGCCUGGGAAUAACUUCACAAAUGAAUGCAACAUUCCUGGAAACUUCAUGUGCAGUAACGGGCGCUGUAUCCCAGGGGCCUGGCAGUGCGAUGGGCUGCCUGACUAUGAAAAUGGUUUCCCUGAUUAUGGCUUUCUCUGUGUUUCUUGUCUUGCAGCAAAAGCCAAAUCCAAAUGUGGCUCCACGUUUUUCCCCUGUUCUAGUGGGAUCCAUUGUAUCAUUGGCCGCUUCCGGUGCAACGGCUUUGAGGACUGUCCGGAUGGCAGCGAUGAAGAAAACUGUACAGCGAAUCCUUUGCUGUGCUCUACUGCCCGAUUCCAUUGCAAGAAUGGCCUUUGCAUCGAUAAAAGCUUUGUAUGCGACAGUCAAAAUAACUGCCAGGACAACAGUGAUGAAGAAAGCUGUGAAAGCCCUCAAGAGACUGGCAGCGGCCAAGAUUAUGUGACCUCGGAGAACCAGCUGCUCUAUUAUCCCAGCAUCACCUAUGCUAUAAUUGGCAGCUCAGUUAUCUUUGUGCUGGUGGUUGCUUUCCUCGCCUUGGUUUUGCACCACCAACGAAAACGCAACAACCUCAUGAGCCUGCCUGUGCAUCGGCUGCAGCACCCUGUCCUCCUGUCUCGACUGGUGGUCCUUGAUCAUCCACACCAUUGCAGUGUCACCUACAAUGUCAACAAUGGAGUUCAGUACAUGUCCAAUCAAGCCUGCCACCAGCCUGUGGAUAUGGAUUCUCCACCAUCCUAUUCAGAGGCUGUGUUAGACCAAAGCAGGCCCCCUUGGUUUGAUCUUCCUCCACCACCUUACUGCUCAGAUUCUGAAUCCCCCAGUCAUACUGAUCUCCCUCCUUAUCGAUCUCGCACAGGAAGCUUGGUGAGCACAGACACCCCAAUGGCAGGAAGCCCCUUGAGCACAGGUAGCAGUCGGACAAGGGGUGUGAGUAACAGUAUGGACCAUCACAGAAUGCUUCAUGAGAGAACAGCUGAGCAAAAUAACUCUCUGAUCAAUCCUGUUGCUGAAAGAGAAAUGUGAUGGGGUAUUAAAAAGGGUCUAUGGGUUAGUCUGCUGUGGCUUGUUACCAUCGAGAUGGGCCUGAGGUGUGAUGUUCAGAAUGGGGUUUGAUUUGAACCCAAAUCCAAAGUUUCCCAGCUUCCACAGGUGCUCUGCUUUGGUGUUUGGGCUCAUCAGAGGCAAAGACCAGAGCCAUGAGUUGUAGAUCCAGAUUCACAUCUGAACUGCCCAAAGUUGAUAGAGGAGGGGUUAAGACUGGGAUUCCUGUUCAGAUCUGUUGAAGAGUUUGUGAUUUACUGUCUUUCAGGGUGUACUUACUGUAUAUGUAUGUAUAUAUGUGCAUGUGUAAUAUGUAUAGGCAUUACACACACAAAAACCUGUUACGUUGAACAUUAAGGUUACCAAGUCAAGCAAUUAAAAUAUAGGCAAUAAUAGAAUUUAGGUUGCCUAGGAAACCUUAAUUUGACCCCCUUUGUGUGUGCAUAAAGAUACAAUCUUAAAUUAGAUGAUCACACUAAUUUUUUUCCACAGGAUCCUUGCUUUUAUAUGUGCACAGGAUGAAUUGUCCUCCAUUAGUGAGCAGCUAAUCAAUAUUUUGUUUUAGUCUCAUUGUUCAGUAUGUGGCCUGAAGCCUUAUUUAUUGAACGCUACUCAAACCUUGCUGUGAAGACAGAUUUGUUAAUUUCCCUGUGGUAUUUCUGUGGCACUUAUCAUUAUAGUAUCUAAGAUGCUUCACAAACAUUAAUGAAGUUGUUUCCCCACAAUCUCUGAGGUGAAGUGCUAUUAUCCCCUUUUUACAGAUGGGAAAUGAGAUACAGUGAGAUUUAGAUCAAAAGGGUCCAUUCAUUUUGGACGCCCUAUUUGAGACCCCUUGGGCUUGAUUUUUAGAGCACUUAACAUUCUAUAGCACUUUAUAUGUUCAAACAUACCUCUCAUUGUCUUUAGUUGCAGCUGUGAGUGAUCAGCACUCCUGAAGGUCAGACCCCAGGGUUUCAAGUUGGGCACUCAGAAAAUGAGAAGCACUCAGUAAAUGGCCACCUGUGACCACUUAGGCUUAUGUGACUUGCCCAGUGUCACAUAGGAACUUGGUGGCAAAGGUAGGGAUGAAAUUCCAGUUUUCCAGGUCAACUUUGAACUGCCAUAACCAUAAGACUGUCCUUUCUCUUCUGCACCCACCUGCCUCAUGCACUACAGACCUUCCAGCUUCUGCAGUAAAUGAGGCAGAAGUCCUACCAAACAGAAUCUUUAGCUCCACCACCCUAAUUUAUCCCCAGAACAAGUGCAUCCUGAGUACUGAAUGAGGCUGGGGUCCUGUAGGAAAAAAUAGUGUGAAACAUGUUGUUUCAGACUGUACCAUAAUGCAUAUGCCAAAGAGUCCAAACAAAAGUUGUGAACACAACCUUAACUCUGGCAUGCCCUAACUGUUGAGUGCUUGAAUAGCAAACUUAAUGUUUUAAUGUAAUUUUUAUGUGCAAUUUCAUGGGGCUUUUUUUAAAGCAAACUGAAGAAACGAAUUCCAAUAUGUGGCAUCUUAUUAACAUCCCUCAUGGAUCAUCAGCAGGGCUGUAACCUUUUAGAUUCACUAGACAGACUUCUGCUACUUGAGCUAAUGGAGUAACUGAUAGCAGUGGUAAGUUGCCAUCCUAGUGGGGGAUAGGAUAUAUUUUGCCACUGUGUUUCACAGAUAUGUGCUAACAGCAGAGGGAUGAGGAGACUUAGGGACUGUGGGCUUCAUUCUAAGCUCUUGUUGGGAGUGUCCUCUAGUAGCUGCAGACUGUUCUGCCAGUCUUUUGUCCCAUUGUCUCCAACCUGUCUGUUCUCUCUUUUCUUCACUCUAGCUCCUAAUUCUAGUUGCAUUCUUGUCACCUCAUCCGUGCCAGUCUCCGCACCUCAGGCUUCUCAUGCUCGAAUAGUCCUAGUCUCCCUCUCCUGCCUGUCAGUCUCCCACACCCCCCUUUCCUGGCUGCUCAUCCAGUUUAUCUUCACCCUGCCAAGGAUAAUUUUUUCUACUGGAAAAGAAAAAGGCACAUCUCUUACAGGAAGGCCACCUCCUGACAAGUUUCAGAUUCCUGCUCCAACACCUGAGGUCACUAAAAGUUCUCAACCCAAGUGACUAUAAAGAAUUGUUUUAACAUGGCAAUGCAAUAUAUCCAUUUUGGCUGGAAAAAGUCAGCUACGGGCAGGCAUCUGGCAAGGACAAUUUUAGCCUGAAUGGUUAAAGUUUGGAAAAGCUAUAAGCAAACUGAAGACAGGGUCUUGUAAUGAAAAGUAUCAGGCAACCAUAAUAAUAGGCAUAGUGCCAGCAUUGCCUAUAAAAUAUAUUUCCAUACACACACAUAUGGCUUUUUACAGAACAUAAAAUGUGUAUGUGUAUGUGUAUUUAAUGUAUUUCACUGGCAUACAUAUCUUUCUGGUAUCUUUGGAAACAAUACUUAAAUUUCAUACUAAAAAUACUAGUGUCGUGUGGAAAACCAUUUAUUUUCUACAACAUUUGCUAUUAUUCAUAGUUUCCCUGGUUGAAAUUUAAGUUUCUGCAUAAAAAAGCACUGUGGAAUUGCACAAGGCAUUAAUUCAACCCAGUAUUUCUUUCUUCCAUUUUAUGUUCUCAGUCUUGGAAUAUUUCCAUCUAAAAUGUGUGGAUCAUAAGUGAAAUAGUGGUUUAAAUGCCAUUGUGCAAAGCAGUGUUAUAGGUACACAGUCAGUGUGGAAAGGAAGGAAGAAAGCUAAGGUAUCCCUGUUGCUGUGACUUUAAAUUAUGCUAUAGACUUAUGGUUUUUAUUUAUAUAUAAUAGAGAUGUUAGUGCCCUUUCUCGUAUCCAGGAAGAAAUCAGCCCUGAGAUAUAGUUGUGUUCUUUUCUUUAUAUAGAGCCUGAUACACCAUUGACUUACCCCAGAUUUAUGCCAACAUACAUAGGUAUAAAAGAGAAAUAAUAGAAGUAAAACAAGCCCACAGAAAUGAAGGCCUUUUUUUCUUUUUAGAUAACUUCUUUCAACUUAAGGCUUUCAGAGCAGAACUCCCAACUGAUCCUGGGAAAACAUGUAUAGUUUAUGGUCCCAAAUAUGCACGUAAAUGAGAAUUUGUCAGCAUUCUAUUUGGGUAUAUAUCAUAGGCAUUGUUUCUGUGCCCAUCAGUGUAGUACAGUAAAACUCCAUUGGUCCGGCAUCCAAUGCUCCGGCACUCCUGAUGGUCCGGCACCAUUGGGAACCGGAAGUGCUCCGGGCAGCCGGACAAGUAGAGCUGUUCUGCGCCUGGCUU